AUGGCGAAACAUUUAAAGGCUUUGAUUGGACCAUCCAUCCUAAACUCGGAUUUAUCCAAACUAUAUGAGGAAUCUCAAAAACUUUUGGAUAAUGGAGCAGAUUACUUACACUUGGACGUCAUGGAUGGUCAUUUUGUUCCUAACCUAACAUUCGGACAUCCCAUUGUAAAGUGCCUUAGAAGUAAAAUAAAAAAUGCCUUUUUUGAAACACAUAUGAUGGUUUCAAAUCCGGAACAGUGGAUCUCACCAAUGGCUGAUGCUGGUGUUAAUCAGUAUACAUUCCACAUUGAACCUGUCAAUGAUGUUGAAGACGUCUGUAGAAAGAUUAAGGAAAAUGGAAUGAAGGUUGGAGUUGCUAUCAAACCAGGAACUCCUGUAUCUGAAGUAGAAAAAUACAUCUCAUUAUCAGAUAUGGUAUUAAUAAUGACAGUGGAGCCAGGUUUUGGGGGGCAAAAAUUUAUGGAAAACCAAAUGGAGAAGGUUAAAUAUUUGAGAGAACACUAUCCUCUUUUAGAUAUUGAAGUUGAUGGUGGUGUAGGUCCUGCUACUAUUGGAUGUUGUGCAGAUGCUGGAGCAAAUAUGAUUGUAUCUGGAACAGCUGUUAUUGGGUCUCAAGAUCAAGCAGCCACGAUCAAACUACUCAGAGAUACUGUAAUAGAAUCAAUAAAAUGA